GGUCAAAUUGGGGAUAGUCCAUUGCAGGGUCAUAUGAUCGUUUUCACGGAUGCAACUUCUGGGCGUGUAUUCCCUGAUUUUGAUCGAGAUGUUGGUAUGAGCUGUUCCUUUGUCUUUGGUAAUUUCCGUGGUCGUCCAGAGACUGAUAGUGUGCUAGAGAUGAUAAAUAGCACUCAAACAAAAAUAUAUUAUGUUCCAAUAGGAGAUGACAAAAAUAAUUCUAUUUUAGAAGAAGCAGUAAGGCAGACACAUGGUAAAGUUAUACAAACCAAUCAAAUGUAUCGUUUAAUCAGAAUGACUCAAGUAAUGGCUGUGGCAUCACAUAUUGCUUCAGAAAUAAGGAAUGUUCCAAGUAAACAGACCAGGGAGGUCAUCCAAUGGAAAAUCAGAGAGACAUUAAGUCAUGACGAUAAGCAUGAUGACUGCUUAGAUAUGGUUAUGGAUUUAAUCAACCCUCUUAGUCAUGAAAACGCAAAAGGAAUGUUUUUGGAACUUAACUUAAGUACCUUAAAACUUGGCGAUAGGGUUCGUCGAGGACCUGAUUGGUCAUUUGGUGAUCAGGAUCGUAAUCUUCCUGGAACAGUGGUCGGUCUAAACGAAGGUGGUACAAUUUGGGUAGAAUGGGACCAUGGCGAUAAAAAUGUAUAUGCGUAUGAUGAACAAAGACAUCAUUAUAAAAUUAUGAAAGUGAAUGAACCUAGAGUUCUUGUUGAUGAGAUUAUCGCCGUUGGUUGUAGAGUUGUUAGAGGGCAAGAUUGGGAGUUUGGCGAUGCCGAUGGUGGAUCAGGUAGUAUAGGGACUGUUUUAGAUGUAAGAGGGAAUGGAAACGUUGUGGUAAGAUGGGACUGUAAAAGAACAUGUCUGUAUAAGAUGGGCAAUAAUGGGCGAUUUGAAAUUCGGUUACAAGAUGACAAAUCCCAAACAAGUCGACCGACCACGGCCCGAAUGCCAGAACGUCGGCCUGCUAGACGUCGAUCAAUGUCAGACGAGGAAGAUGAAUAUGUACCUGAUGUCGCAACUACAUCUACAAAACAUGCCAGCGACUACGUCAUUCCAAUAUAUUCAGAUUCAACAGUAAGUGCUAUUUGGGAGUAUCAAGACGGUUCUAAUUGGAGGAAGUAUGCUGAUGAAAUCAAUGUAAAAAUUGAAAGGGCUUAUCAGAGGAAACAAAGGAAAACCAUCAUCGAAAUGGACCGUACAACGUAUGAAGUAAAUUUUUCUGAAAUGGAACAAGAAAAUCCACAAAAUAAAACAAAAGUAACAGUAAGAAGACGAGAUCAAUUGAUGGUGACUACAAAAAUCCGUGUAAAACUAGGCUUUGGAAUAAAGACAAACUGGAACCACUUCAUCUGA